AUGAGUACGUGGCAGAAAGGGGAUAUUAUGUAUUCCCCGACCAAGAGGACGUUGAACAACAAGACAAGCGGGUCUAAGAUUGCGUCUGGCAGCAAUGGCAAUGGCAAUGGCAGCGGCAAUGGCAGCGGCUCUGCAUAUCAUGAUCCCGGCUCCAGUUACAGCAGUCUGCAGAAGAGCAACAAGAUGGUGUUUCAGGAGCAGCCGAUGCUGGUAAGGAACAUGUAUGAUCAGAACUAUUACUACUACGAUGGACAAGGAUACGGCUCUCCUCCGAUGAGUAACAGGAAUGCUAUGGCGAAUCCUGUCUCGCCCUUCUUGUACUCUCCGGUGAUGCUGCCGAACCAUGUGCAUGCUUCUCCAACCACUGGGCGUAAGAAGAAAGUUAGUCUGAAUAGAAACCCUCGAAACUCGAACCUGGUUAUGCCAUCGUCACCUAUCAAGAACAACAACAUCGACACAGGGAGUAAAACUGCUAAUCUAUCGGGACCUGGCAAGAAAUAUAAAGAGCUAAGAGAUAUCGAUGAUCUGCCGAGAUCGCCCUGCAAUUAUGAAACGCCUAACUUGAAGAACAGAUAUUUUGGGCCAGUACAGAAGGUAGAAGAUAACACAGAUAGAAAGGCCAAUGUCAAUAUUAGCUAUAAGAACAGCAAGAGUAAACAGAAGAAACCUCCUGUGGUGUAUAAGUUAGCUACACCCUUAGCAUCAAAAGAUGUCAAUGCACUGGAUAAUUCGUUCCUGUUGCAACCUGACACGCCAAGGUACUACAAGAUCCAACCGAUCAAAUUCUUGCACUCGGAACCUAUUGAAAACUUUGCCGGCCUGCAAGAUAUCUCAACACAUCUGCUGGACAACAACACACCAAAGAAGAAAUCGCAUAUCUCCCGUGUGCAGCCUCCACCAGCAGCUACUAACGAUAGUUUUGAUUUGAGUUUCGACGGUAAGGCCCUUGACAGAAGCGAUAUCUUCAGGAUGGUUGAUUCCUUCAGCAUCGCUUUCUCGGACGAUGAGGACAACGAGGAGAGCAGUUUCAUAUCCAGGCGUAACAACAACGAUAUCCUGCCUGCUGAUAUGACUAACAACAGGUAG